AUGAGAGGCGAUCUCGGUCUUUGUCGCCAGAUCGAGCAGAACAACCUUGUGCGGGGGUCUGUCGAAGGAGGAGAAGCCAUUCGACAAGCUCUGCUUCAGCCGGUGGAGUACAGGGAAGACGGGGAGUCAACUAGGGUGAAGGAAAGUUCCGCGAGAGAAGCUCUUGCUUCUCUCAUCGGAGGAGAACGUGAGGUGGAAACACCCUCGGGUUUCAUUGAUAAGCCCAGCGAUGCCGUGAUCGAGGUGAAGUACCACAAUCGAUGGAAGGAUGGGCUCGGGCAGGUGCUCGCGUACCAAUCACACUACCCUCGUCUGGCCAGGCGUCUGCACCUCUUUGCACACAUCGGAGAUAAAGAUACCGACAAGUACUUCGAGAUGGCGAAGUCAGUGUGUUAUGCGCACGCGGUGAAGGUUACGUUCGAAAAGGUUGGCGUAGAAGAACCAGCGCUUGAUCUGGACGACGAUGAUGCCAGCACCGUUGUUGGUGAUAACAGGGCUCGUAUUGAAAACGAGUGGGUUGUACGCAAGCGCGUUGCCGAGGAAACGGACAAAGGUCGUUUACCAAUCUAA